AUCAAUCGUAUAACCGCCAGGGCCAGUAGUUAAUGAACUGUACUGUAAACUGUAACGUUGAAUAACUGUUCGCGUGUGGUUUGUGAUUUUUGGUAACCAGAAAAUUGCAUAAGUUGAGUAAAUACAGGAAAUAUUUAAUCCACUACCAACGCGCUUAAUCGCUUAAUCCAGUAAAGAGCAUUUAAGAGACUUCUGUCUCCAAGCAAGCAGACAGAAAACACGAAGUAUAAGGUAGUUCGUGAAUGAAUUAGGUAUGCUGCAAUUAGUUCUCAUAGCCGUAGUAAUAGUACUCUUCUAUUACUAUGCAAUCAGACCAAUGAAGUACUGGAAAGAGCGAGGAGUGAUACAAGGUAGACCAAUAUGGCUCUUCGGUGAUAAUUGGAGAGCCUUUUUUAGGUUAGAAACAUUUGGACAACCAUACCAUACAGCAUAUAAACUAGACCCAGAUGCUAGAUAUGUUGGAUUUUAUCAGUUCACUGUUCCAACUCUGAUGAUAAAAGACCCAGAACUGUUAAAACAAAUCACUGUAAAAGACAGCGACUACUUCACCAAUCACCGAGCAAUUGUACCAGACGAAGGAGAUCCAUUAUGGACAAAUAAUUUACUCGGCUUAAAAGACCAAAAAUGGAAGAACAUGAGACACAUCUUGACUCCGUCUUUCACCAGCAGCAAAAUGAAAAUGAUGUUCACUUUGAUGGUAGAAUGUGCCGAAAAUUUCGUUAAGCAUUUCCUCAAAAAGGACCAAGAUGUUUUUGACGUGUCCAUAAAAGACGUAACCACCCGUUUUGCUAACGAUGUCGUUGCUUCAACUGCUUUUGGUAUUCGAACUGAUUCACUUGAGGAACAAGAUAAUGAAUUUUAUUUGAUGGGUAGAGACAUGACAGAUUUUACGUCGUUGAGGAAAGGGAUAAAGUUUUUUGGGUUUUUUAUAGUGCCCAAAAUACUUCGGUUUUUCAAUGUUCAACUCUUUGAUGGACAGUCAAGACAAUUCUUCAUAGAUCUAAUCGACAAGAAUUUGAAGCUGCGAGAAGACCGAAACAUCGUUCGUCCUGAUAUGCUGCAGCUGCUUAUUGAAGCUAAGAAAAGCAUUGGCCAAAAAGAAGGACCAAAUGUCAACCAUUCUACAUCUAUCAAAGAAAUUACGAAUAUAGAAAUCACUGCGCAAGCUUUGAUCUUCUUCUUUGCUGGCUUCGACUCGGUAUCCAGUCUGAUGUGUUUUUUGUCUUAUGAGCUAGCUCUGAAUCCGGACAUCCAGACAAGACUGAGACAGGAAAUUGACGAUGGUUUCGAGAAAUGUAAUGGAAGGAUGACCUACGACACUCUAAUAGGAAUGAAAUAUCUAGAUAUGGUGAUAUCAGAAACUCUAAGAAAGUGGCCCAAUUUCCCAGCUACUGAUAGAGAAUGUAAUAAGAGAUAUACCAUCGAACCCGAAGGACCCAACGAAAAACCGAUUGUGUUAGAAAAAGGUGCUCUAGUCUCCAUACCUAUUGCACCGAUGCACUACAACCCCAAGUACUUCCCUGAUCCAGGCCGUUUUGAUCCAGAAAGAUUCAGCGACGAGAACAAAGACAAUAUAGAACCAUAUACGUAUCUACCGUUCGGGUUAGGACCGAGGAAUUGUAUUGGAUCCAGAUUUGCAAUUUUAGAGACAAAGACGUUGUUUGCGUAUUUGUUACACAGUUUUGAGAUUGUUCCUAACGAGAAGACUAAGAUUCCUGUGGAGUUGUCAAAGAAAACUAUCAAUCUAUUUCCAGUUGAUGGUAUGCAAUUAUCUUAUCGUAGAGUUAAGAAAUAUUACUGGAAAAAGCGAGGAGUGCUACAAGAAAAUCCGCAUAAACUGCUUUGGAAUAUAUUGAGAUUUCGACGGAAAUCUGAACCAAGUUCUUCUGAAUUUUCGUCAAUAUAUAAUCUAUCUAGAAAUGUUAGAUACGUAGGAUAUUAUCACUUUACGACUCCAAUUCUGAUGAUAAAAGAUGAAUGGCUCUUGAGAAACAUCGCUGAAAUGGACGCAGAAUACUUUUAUAGUCCUGACCAAUAUGUACUGAAACGUGAUGAUCCAUUAUGUAACAUAAACUUAAGAGACCCAAACUGGAAAGUGUAUCUGACAAAUGGAGACCUGCGACGAAUGUUUCCAAUUUUAGAAGAAUGCUGCCAAAAUUUUAGUAAAAAUUUCAUGAAAAAUUAUGUAGAUAUCAUUGAUGUGCGGAUAAAAGAUACUGCUACUAGUUUCGUUAACGACAUAAUAGCAUUCACUGUUUUUGAUAUUUCUCUGGAUCCUAAGGACAAGGCAAAUAAGAAAUUUUGUCGUAUGAUUAGAAGUAUAACGAAUUCCACUAUUUGCAAAAGCCAAAAGUUUUGGGGGCAUUCCUUUGUAUCAAAAAUAUUGCAAUUUCUAAAUAUAUUAUAUUCUAUUGACUCACAACCUAAACAAUAUUUUAUGGAUCUUCUUCAUGACAAAUUGAAAUCAAGAGCAGCAAAAAAUAGUACUCGUCCUGACAUAAUUCAAUUAAUCUUAGAAACAAAGUACGAGAAAAUGCAGCCAACACAAAAUUCCACAGAUAGAGCUGAUAAUAUAGAAAAAUCACCCUUGGUACCAUCAUCGAUUAAGAACUCAGAUAUUUUAGCACAUUUUCUACUGUAUUUGCUAGCUGGAUUGGAACCCGUUUCCAAUUUGAUUUCCUUCGUAGCCAUUGAGCUGGCCCUGGAUAAAGACAUUCAGUCAAAAUUAAUAAAAGAAGUUGACAACAGUUUUGAACGUUGCAAUGGAAAGAUGACCUACGAUAUCUUAACGAAAAUGAAAUACUUGGAUAUGGUUAUUUCAGAAGCGCUUAGAAAAUGGCCUUACUUUGACACCAUCUACCGCAUUUGUAACCAAACGUAUGUCAUAGAACCUAAAACCAGCAAGGAAAAAGAAGUGGUUUUGGAAAAAGGAUCGGUUCUCUGCAUACCCGUAACUCCAAUGCAUUACUCGCCCAGAUACUAUGGUUACUCUAGAAGAUUUGAUCCAGAAAGAUUCAGUAGCCAACAUCGAUGUAUCAUCGAACCUUACACUUAUUUACCAUUUGGUCUGAGCGAAAAGGGCUGUAUGGGUUCCAGAUUCGCCGUUUUACAAACUAAGAUAUUUUGUGUACAUUUGCUGCAUCAUUUUGAGAUAAGUGUAAGCGAGGCAACUAAGCUGCCUCUAACGCUGACUAAGGAAAAGGCUCACCAGUAUGUUCUUGAUCGAAUAAGACUGUCUUUUGAAAGACAUCAGACCUGGCGAGAUAUGCGAUCGAUUCUCAGUCCUCUUUUCACCAGCAGCAAAUUGAAGAUAAUGUACAACCUGAUGUCAGAAUGUGCCGAAAACGUAACAAAAUAUUUCCGGAAUCAGAAAGAUGGCGUAUUCGAAGUGACAAUGAAAGACCUAUCAGCUCGUUAUGCCAACGACAUCAUUGCCACAACCGCCAUGGGCUUCCAAGUGGACUCUAUAGGCGAUCCAGAGAAUGUUUUCUACAAGAUGGCGAAGAUCGUAUCGAAUCUGAGCAGUUUUUGGAGGAUGGUGAAGUUUUCCUUUGCUUUUCAGGUUUUUCCGAAAUUGUAUAAGAUCGUUAAGCUUGAAUUUUACGAAGGCGAAUCUCGUCGAUUUUUCCUCAAUUUAAUAAAGGAUGCUGUUUAUGCGAGAAAAGCAGAAAGCAUAGUACGACCAAACAUGAUACAUUUAAUGAUCCAGGCACAAAACAAACUCAAAGAAAAACCAGAAAAUAGUGACGUUGUUAAUGAAGAUAACAACCUAGAGAUAACUAUGGAAGACAUCACAGCUCACGCUCUAAUCUUCUUCAUCGCCGGUUUCGAGUCAAGCUCUGGCUUGAUGUGUUACAUGGCCUAUGAGUUAGUGGUUAAUCCAGAUAUACAAACAAGAUUGAGGCAAGAAAUCGACGAAGCAUUCGAGGAAUGCAACGGUACCUUAAGUUACGAAGCCGUCAUGAAAAUGAAGUACCUAGACAUGGUCGUUUCAGAAACCAUGAGAAAAUGGCCCAACUUCGUUUCAACAGACAGAGUUUGCACGAAAGAAUACACCAUAAAGGCACAAACCGCAGAAGAAACAGAUCUUAUAAUAGAAAAAGGAACAGUUCUACAACUACCAAUAUACGCCAUACAAAACGACCCCAAAAACUUCCCAGAUCCACAAAGAUUCGACCCAGAGAGGUUCAGCGCUGAAAACAAGGACAGGAUCAAUCCAUACGCCUAUAUUCCCUUUGGGGUAGGUCCUAGGGUCUGCAUAGGCACCAGGUUCGCGCUGAUGCAAACCAAGAUAUUCUUUGCACACCUACUCCACGAAUUUGAAAUUAUCCCGACCACGAAGACGAAGAUACCCUUUGAGAUAUCGAAGAAAAGUUUUAACCUUUCGACUAAAGAUGGUAUACAUGUGGCUUUGAAAAAGCUAGUCACGUGAUUGUUUUUCACUGUUAGUUAAGUAUACAUUGUAGAAAUUUGUGUUCGAUAAUAUUUGUUUGUC